GUGCUACUUUGGUGAGAAGGUGGCCUUGUACUUUGCCUGGCUGGGCUGGUACACCUACCUGCUGGGAAUCGCUGCAGUGGUCGGACUGGUGAUCUUCGUGGCGGGGGUUACUGUUUUCAGCUCCAGCCAGGUGAGCAAGGAGAUCUGUGAAGCCACUAACACCAUCAUGUGCCCGCUCUGCGACCAGAAGUGCCCGUUCUGGCUCCUCUCCGACACCUGCACCUACGCCAAGGUCACGCACAUGAUUGACAACGAGGGGACGGUUUUGUUCGCCAUUUUCAUGGCGAUCUGGGCCACCGUGUUCCUGGAGCUGUGGAAGAGGCAGAGAGCCACCGUAGUCACCGACUGGGACCUGUACCGGUGGGAUGAGGACGAGGAGGAACUGGCUAUGGAGCUGAUCAAUAAUCUGCAGCACGAACCCCGGCAGUACCAGCACUCCUACUUCCGCAGCACCAUCGUCCUCCUCUUGGUUCUGGUGAUGAUUGCCGUGCUGAUCGGCAUCGCCCACGCGCUCGUCAUUUACCGGGUGAUAGCCACGGCUCUCUUCACCCAGAGCGACUUCGAGUUCCUCCGCGAGCAGGCCAACACGGUGGCGGUGAUGACAGGGGCCGUGCUGCACUACCUCACCAUCGUCAUCAUGACCAAGGUCAACAGGCGCGUGGCCCUCUUCCUCUGCGACCUGGAGAAACCACGGACCUUCUCCCAGCGUGAGAACAACUUCACCGUGAAGAUCUUCACCUUCCAGUUCUUCACAAAUUUCUCUUCGCUAAUCUACAUCGCCUUUUUCCUGGGACGGAUCAACGGCCACCCAGGGAACUACGUGCGCAUUGCUGGCAAGUGGAGGCUGGAGGAGUGCCACCCCAGCGGCUGCAUCACCGACCUCUUCAUCCAGAUGGCCAUCAUUAUGCUGCUCAAGCAGACCAUCAGUAACGUGAUGGAGUAUCUCAUCCCCUGGACAGCCUACAAGCUACGCAAGAAGCAGCAGCGUCCCAAGAAGAGAAGCGUGAUGUUAGGAGAGGAGGAGGAGGCCGAGGACCCCUGCAAAAGGCAGUGGCUGAGCAACUACCAACUCAACGAGGUCAACAUCUUCAGCUUGUUUGACGAGUUCUUGGAGAUGGUGAUCCAGUACAGCUUCACCACCAUCUUCGUGGCUGCCUUUCCCCUCGCCCCGCUGCUGGCGUUCUGCAACAACCUCUUCGAGAUCCACCUGGAUGCCAUCAAGAUGAUGCGGCUGCACCGGCGCAUGGUGCCCAGGAAGGCCAACGAUAUCGGAAUCUGGCUGCAGGUCCUGGAGGCCAUCGGUAUCCUGGCUGUCAUUGGCAACGGACUGGUGAUCGCCAUCACGUCCGACUUCAUUCCCAUGCUGGUCUACAAGUACACGUACAGCCCCUGCAUGACGGAAAACAGCACUGACGUGGACUGCUCCACGGGCUACGUCAACCACAGCCUCUCCACCUUCCGCAUUCGGGACUUCGAGCCGUACACAAAGGUGCCCGAAAUGCUGCCGGACUUCGUCAGGGGCGAGAUCGAGGAGUGCAGGUACCGGGAUUACAGGAACGCCGACGACUACAGCUACACGGUGCAGUUCUGGCACAUCUUCGCAGCCCGGCUUGCCUUCCUCAUCCUCUUCGAGGUGAGCGCCCGGGGAGUCAAGCUGAUCGCAGCCUGGUACAUCCCCGAUGUCCCCCAGUCGGUCAAGAAUCAAUUUCUGGACAGAAAACACAGCAACCUUCGUAAAGAGCUGAGCAUGAUGGAGUACUCCACCGAGGUGUAG